GGGACAGCUUCCGUCUCAGAAUUGCACGUCUUUUGGACAUGCGCGUGAACUGGGCAUGCGCACGCUGCCGCUGUGUGUCGGGAUCGAGCACAAGGGUGUGCGCGCGCAUGCGGCAAGAUGGCUGCCGAAGAUCUUCCGUCUGACUUCGACGUCGUCAUCGUAGGCACAGGUCUCACGGAGUCGGUGGUGGCGGCAGCUUGUUCGCGAGUGGGACAAAGAGUUCUUCACCUGGACACGAGGAGUUACUACGCAUCCAAGUGGGCUAGCUUCACUUUUAACUCUUUGCUGACGUGGCUCAAGGAACAUCAGGAGCAGCUGCAGGACGAUGAGGUACAGGAUUGGUCCAGUCUGGUGCAAGACCGGGAGGAGCCGAUCUGUCUGUCAAAUGCAGACUUCUCCUCCAUCAGGAACUUGCAGGUGUUGUGCUUUAUCAGCGAGGGAGAUGACCAGGACCAGGAAGGGGAGAAGAAGGAGGAAGAAGAGGUAGAACGCUUCGUAGAAGAAGAAAAACCAGAAGAACCACGUGCAGAGUCGACGGAGCAAACGGCUGAUGAGCGGCAAACGCAGAAAGAUGAAGACUCGUGUGCAGAGUUGACAGAGCCAACUGCUGACGUGCAGCAAAAGCAAGAAGAAGAGGUGGAGGAAGGCCCAAACACACAAACGGCAGAGUCGGAGACAGCCGGCCAAUCGGAGGUCAAGAGGAAGAAGAUGACCUACGCCGACCUGCUCAAAGAAGGACGGAGGUUCAACAUUGACCUCGUCUCCAAGUUGAUGUACGCGCGCGGCUCAUUGGUGGACCUGCUCAUCAAAUCAAACGUCAGUCGUUAUGCCGAAUUCAAGAACGUCACCAGGAUCCUCACGUAUCGCCACGGCAACGUGGAGCAGGUGCCGUGCAGCCGAGCCGACGUGUUCGCCAGUCGCCAGCUGUCGAUGGUGGAAAAGAGGAAGUUGAUGCGUUUCCUGGCUUCCUGUCUGGAGGAAAAGGAGGAAGAGCUAAGCGCUUACAGCGCCCGCCCAUAUUCGGAGUUCCUGCACGACCAGCAGCUGGGCGACAACCUGCAGCACUUCCUCCUGCACUCCAUUGCCAUGGUGACGGAGGACACGCCCACCCGGGACGGCCUGGCCUCCACGCGUCACUUCCUGCGCUGUUUGGGUCGCUACGGCAACACCCCCUUCCUGUUCCCCGUGUACGGCCUGGGCGAGAUCCCGCAGUGCUUCUGCAGGAUGUCUGCUGUGUUUGGGGGUGUGUACUGCCUGAGGCAUCCAAUCAGUUGCCUGCUGCUGGACAAGACCGCCAACAGGUGCACUGCGCUGAUUGACGGCCGCGGCCAGCGAAUCACCGCUAGCCAUUUUGUGCUGGAAGAUGGCUUCCUGCCUGCCCAGCUGAAGAGCGAGGCCACGCCCACCAGGUCCAUUUCUCGAGGCGUCCUCAUCACCGACCGCUCCAUUCUGCCUGGCGACCAGCAUCAGGUCUCCUUGGUAACCAUCCCCCCGGUGGAGACGGGACUUCCUGCUGUGAGGAUGGUGGAGCUGUCGCCGUCCACCAUGACGUGCGCCCCGCAAACAUAUUUAGUCCACCUCACCUGUCAAUCACUACUGGGCUCCGCCUACGAGGACUUGUCGCCCGUAGUGACGGCCAUGUUCAACACCACUCAGUCACCGGAGCAAAACCCGCGUCCCAGCAUCCUGUGGUGUUUCUACUUCAACAUGGACCAGACUGGCACCCAAGUGGAGGAUGGCGAUCGGUUACCGUCUAACCUUCACACUUGCUCGGGACCGGAUGCCGAUCUGGGUCACGAGCAUGCCAUCAAGCAGGCCGAGGUUAUCUUCCACAAGAUCGUCCCCGACCAGGAUUUCUGUCCCCCCGCGCCCAAUCCCGAAGACAUCCUCUACGACGCUGAGGAGCCCGCCGAACUCCAAGAGCUGCAGCCGCCACUUCGGGCCCAAAAUGUGCAGUAUUGAUUUGGACCCGCCACGCUUAAUGGGGCAAAAUGCUUUCCUCCAUUUCUAUUUGUGUUUGGCUGAAAGAAAUAAAACUCCCGCCCACAAAGUGA